AUGGCAGUGCGGCGACGACCAACGAAAGCGCGGGCGAACGAGCCGGAACGAAGGAGACCAAGGCCGAAUCCGACCGAUGACGCGAACGGUCAAUCCCAAGCUCAAUCCCAAACCCAAGCUCAGGCUCAGGCUCAGGCCCAGCCCCACUUGAAUGCUCAGCAGACGCGGUUUGGACAGCAGCCGCAUGCUCAGCCGCCGCCGCUGCUGCAGCGCCCGCGCAGACUCGCCCAGCAGUUGCGUCACUUGCCGCCACGUAUUGCCUUCACCGCACGGCCGCCGACGCCGCCAAUGGACGACGACUACGACGAGCACUUGCAUCAACACCAACACCUGCUGCGUCGCUCGGUCGACCGUCCGGCAUUGUGGCCUGCCCGUGGCCGUAGCAGUCAACGCCCGCGAACGUUGAACGCCGCCAAUCGCCCCGCUCAUGCUCCGUCCUCGUCGUCGCCCGAUUGCAAUGAGGACGGGUGUCCUGAGGACGAGAUGGGGCUGCAAGACGAGCUGCAGGCGCAAGCCCAGCAAUACGAGCUGCAGUUGGUGCUGCAGGAGCAGUGGGAAACGCCGACAGUACAGCUAAUGCGUGGCUCGAGUCCAACUCUUGCUGUCGACGAGCAGGCAAUCUUGCGUCCGGAAGACAUGUUUGAGCUCGACGACGACGUCGCAAUCAUGGAGCAAGACACAACUGUCGCACAACACCUUGCAGCAGAGACGUCUGGCACGGCGUUGGAUCGAAUGCUCGCUGGCGCCUCGUCAAUGCCCGCGGUGAUUGUCAUGCCGAUGACAUUCGAUGGAGAUUCCAACUGGGCUGACACUAUGCCCGACAACUUGGUCGUCACCGGCAACAGUGGUGAGACUUUGCGGGUUAUGAGUGGUAGCUCAGACCCCGAAAGCGAACCGACCGGGUUGGGCGUGCUGGCCGAGUUUGAGUUGUUGGACAACUCCUUUGCCAUGGCCAACACCUCGUUGAUUGAGAACUCCAUGGAGAAUGUAUUGUCGGCACUGUUAGGGCCUGCGGCAGACAUGCAUUCCAGCACCUCGGCUGCUGCUGCUGGGCACCUGCUUUCAUCGUCCAUCGACUUCAACGUCGACAGCCUGUUUGGCACCGCAGGCUUGUGCACGAGUGCCAAGGAUGCUGCUGCCUUGGACCGCGUGGAACCGGUUGCAGUGGUGUUGAACCACGCGUUCUGCCACAAUGCGGCAGCACUUCCGCUCCUGUCAACCACAGCAGACAAGCAAGCUGCAUGUCGGCCGCGAUCGCCGGUCGUGGCGGAAGACCUGGACUCGAGCGUAGCGCGAAAGCGCCAUUGCUCCACUCACGCUCGUGACACUUCUCAAGUCUCCAACGACGAUGCUGGACUGCAGGUACAAGCAUCCAACGAAACGGACUGUUUUCCGCUGCUUCCGCUGCCAGAAGUCGGCUUGCUUCUUGCUGGCCUUGACAAUGCUUGGCUCGAGCAGCUAGAGCCCCAGCACGAGCAAGAGCCUCUUGACAAGGCAACCACUAGCAUGGAGGACGACGGAUCCGGCGUUGGAAUGCUCGGUUCUGCCUGGUCGCGCGUCUCCACUGGAGUCACCCCCGACAAUCAGCAGAACGGCACGACUUUGGCUCAAAGCAGCGGCAACAACAACAACAACAACAACAACAAAAGCAGCAGCAGCAGCACCUGUAUUCAUGAAUCUCCUGCUGGUGCACCUGGAAAACAUGCACCCAUCCAGGCGAUCGACGACUCAAUCGCUGCAACACAUUUGUUGGACAUUACCGACCUGCUCAACUCGCUCGACGGCUACGUUGGGUUGAAUGAUACCACGACUGCCAGCCCAGCAUCAGCCAAGCCUCGCAAGCCCAAGUCACCCGCGCGGCGCGAACGCAAUCGGGUUGCGGCUGUACGGUGUCGGGAGCGGCACCGCUCUGAAAUGCAAGCUAUGGCGGCGUCGGAGCAACAGCUUCUCGAGAGCUCCCAGCAGUUGCAGCAGGAAAUGAAGCGACUCAUGCAGCAAGCCCUUGCUCUUGAGCACACACUGCUGCACCACCAGUGCACCAAUGCACGAGGGGGCCUGACUCCGCGCGAAGUUGAGCAGCUCUCGAUCGACUUGCGAGCUGUCCAUGCAGGCACAUAUGUCGAGCCGCAGGACCUCGGCGACUCAAACGCUGCUCCUGCUGCUUCACGCGAGUCCGCUCCGCCUCGCAGCUCUGCAGUCGCAGCACUUCGCUCUUCCAUCCUUCACAAGCGUCGCAGUGCAGCUCAACCCUCGCCGCCAGCAGGGCCAGAAUCGGAAGUCGGUCACGUUAGCUCUCGAAAUGCUGCAAUCCCGCAACCGCCGCCGCAACCAAAACGCCUGUCUGCCAAACUCUCCAAGAAGCAGCAGAUUGGUGGGUGA